AUGACGAGAAGCCACCAGCAGCAUGGCGACGCGCCAAAUGACACGGAUUCAGAGUAUGUCGCGCUCCUGAACGAGCUCGUAAAGCUCAAGGGCAAGGACAUCGAUCUGCCUCAACUGGUCGUGGUCGGCGAUCAAAGCAGUGGCAAGAGCUCAGUCGUCAAAGCUUUAUCGAACAUUCCCGUUCCCAUCGCAGAAGGCCUUUCCACAAGAUUUCCUAUCGAAAUCAUUCUCCGGCGAGCGGACACCCCACACACAAGUAUGGGCAUCGAGGGCCACACUUUUUAUAAACGCGACUUUGAGAUGAAAAAAAUUCCAGAACUCAUCAACGAAGCCACUGAGGCCAUGGGGAUCACCCCUGCCGAAACGACUCCAACCGCGAGACAUUUCAGUGACAAAGUCUUAACGCUCAAGAUCUCGGGCCCGAGCCAAGUCAAUCUGAAUUUCCUUGACCUGCCUGGAAUAUUUACGGCCGAAACAUCAACUCAAAAUAAGCAGGGCAUGGAGCUGGUGAAUAAGCUAGUCAAGACCCACGUCAGAAACGACAAGAAUAUUGUCCUGCUAGUUGUUUCCGCAAGAAAGUCUCUAAAUGACCAGAAUACCCUUGGGCUGGUCAAAGACAUUGAAGGUGCUGAGAGUCGAACGGUGGGGGUUGUCACGCAUCCGGAUGACUCACAAAUCGAUAGUGACCCAUUCAAGUUGAUUGAGAACAGGGAGUUUAGCCUUGAUCUUGGAUGGUGUUGCAUUCGAAACCUGUCAACAUAUGAAUCCAGCAAUCAAAGGGAGAGAGACCAGGUCGAGAGUGACUUUUUCAGGAGUCAAAAGUGGAGUCAUGUUUCGGAAGAAAAGAAAGGCAUACGUGCGCUACGUGAGAAAUUGAUGACUGAGAUGUUUCAGCAUACCAAAAGGCAGUUGCCGACUAUUGUGGACGAGCUGCAUGAGAAGAAAACCAGCAUCGAAAAUCAAUUGAAGUCGUUACCCCCGAACGAUGGAACAAAGCAGAAUCAGAUAGAGCAUCUCAAUUCUAUCGCCAGAAGAUUUGAGAAGCUUCUGGCAAAUGCAGUGAAUGGCACGUAUUCGGAUGACACAGACUUCUUGGAUUUCUUUGGGAUUUACGAUGAACAUAAGGGUCAAAGCCAGAUCAGAAGACUCCGAGCCAAUAUCAGAGAAUUGUCAAAGGUGUUUAUAUACACCAUGCGGAAAUGUGGACAGGAACACAAAAUGCUUCCCAAUGAUUCAGAAGGCUCAAUCCGGGACAGCGCAGAAUCUAAAACCAGCGAGAACAGCAAAUCAUCAUCAGAGGAAGAAGGAUCUACUAAUUCAGGACUUGCAGAAGAGGGUAGCCCAAUAACGCUAUCUCACCAUCCAGGGUUCCAUCAGAUGCGGCAGGAUUCUUUCCUCACAGACGACCUUUUCAGGCACUAUGAGGGGUAUCAUGUAUCUCAGGAUAUUACCAGAGCAGAAUUCGAAGAUCUGGUAAAAGAAACGGUGCAGCGUUUUCGGGGCAAGGAGGCUCCAAGCGAGUUCGGAGAGUCCUCAAUGUCGGUGGUCUUUAUUCAAGAAUCCAGGAAGUGGAAAAACAUUUCUGUCUCACACCUGAAGACAAUCAAGGAAGCAGUGCAUAAAGUUGUACUUGAUGCCCUGGAAUUCUGUGCCCAGAAGCCACUGUCAGACGAUCUAAUCCUUCAUGUCAUUGACCCAAACAUCGAUCGUCUUUGGGAAUCAUUGGACAGAAAACUUGAAGACCUGCUCAAAUGCCAUCACAGCGGCAAUACUGGGCUCCUAGACACUUUCACAGGCGUUUUUCCACCCGAAAGGGAAUCAUCGGCAGGUCCUGGACUGUCUGUGAGCUUUCCGGAAGAAACACCUGACUUCAUGUACAUUCUUGCGAAAGGAUUGCAAAGCUCUUUUGAGGAAGCUGUUGGGAAUGCAGUGCUCACCAGCGUAAGCAAUAAGCUUUCGGGUGGCAUUGGCAAGUUUUUUCUGGAUAAUCUUACCAGCGUCUGGGAAAAGAGAUAUCAGUCCACUGGUUCGGAGCAUCUGUCCUGGGUCAAGACAGAGGCUGUUACCCGUAUGGUGGGCCAAUUUGAAAAAUAUUAUGCGAUGAAUUUGAUUACCUUUGUCGGGUAUGUCAAUGCAAUGGUGAUUGAGGAUACACUACUAAAGAAACUUCCAAAAUCUAUAUUCUAUGAGCAAAUUGUCAGUGAAUUGACUGAUGACAAGAUUGAGAAAAUCUUCAAGAAAAGUGAGAAUAUGGCAGCCAAACGGAAGGAGUAUGAAGAUGUCACCGAAGAGCUUGACUUGGCGAUACGGAAUUUAUAUCCUUUUCUCCGGGGAUGA